UCGCGCUUAGUAUCAUACGGGCGUAUCUACAAUGAUCGAUUUCUCUUCAUCGAUUUCUCUUUCUUUAAUAACUUUGCCGGUAAAUCAUUUUCGGUUAUUUUUGUUGUUUUAGAUGCUAGUCCUAGUCGUCCUUCACCGAAGUACACCGAGAGAUCAUCCGAAUAUUGGUCGUAUUUUCCGGAAUACUCCGAAGAGAAAAUCGAUGAAGAGAAAUCGAUCAUUGUAGAUACGCCUGUAUGAUACUAAACGCGAGAUUUGCUCUCGUUAGAUCUGUCUUGCCCCUAGGUCAAACCUAAAGACACUAUGUGCAAAGACACGAAAUGUUCCAAUUGGAAUUCCAAAUUUUCUGUCAAUGUCAUUCCAAUCGAGCAGGAGACCUGUCAAACGUGCUUUAAAGCAUUGCUCGUCGGCAUCAUCCAAUCAUGACGAUGAUCAUCAUCGACAACAACAAUCAUCACACUUCGUAUCUUUGCUUAUCGAUCAAUCGAUCAACGAUCGAUCAAUUCUGACACUUCGUAUUGUCGCGCUUAUCUUAGAUUCUCAGUGUGGUGAUAGGUCUGUAACCAAUCUAUGGUAAAGCUCUGUAAGCAUACGAAGAGGAAUAAUAAAUGUAGCUAAUCAGUGAAGCGGCCUCGUGUUUGAUCUAGCGUGCUUUCCCUAUCACAAAUUGGCGACAGGAUUGGAUUUUUUUAACGUUUUUCGGUGAUUAUUUGUGCGUUAGUACCCAAGGAAUAACUACGGAGUGUGUGUGAGAGGUGGCCUGCGUCUAGAAAGCAGAGAGGAAAGCUCGAUGAGAAAACCGCACCUCCGACCUCACCAGUGAGUUGCGCGUUGGUCUGUGUCUAGUAAACAGAAGAGUCCAAGUGAUAAAGCUCUGUGUCUUGUAAACAGAAAGGUCCGCGUCACGAUAGCGGUAGAAAAAAAACAAGUGGUGGAUACGGACACGGCGUCCGCCUAGAAUUGGCUCUGUGUCAAGAGAACAGAAAGAACGUAUAGUAGAAGCGGAAUUUUUCGAGUCAUAUACGCUGCGGCUGGUAAGCAAAAAAAAAAAGAGAUUUGUUUUGUUGGGUGAACUAAUUUGAAGGAGGGUAAUUUCAGAUCGGUGAGACAGGCUCGUGAGUCGACAGAAUACUCACCCACGAGAGAAAUACUGCUGUUUGCGAUGGACGAAAACCGGUUGCUUUCUAAGCUACCUCCGUUUUCAGUCGUGGGAGUCCCCUUGACGGACCGCAGGAAUAAAUGGAUUACGUGGAAGCGAGGGUUUGAAAUCUGUCUGCGUGCUGCCAAAAUAGAAGAUGGAACCGAAAAGAAAGAUAUGCUUCUGGCGUGCGGGUCGUUUGAGCUCCAAGAGAUAUUUUUCAGCAUACCGGGAGCAGACGUGGCUGCGGAUGCUGAGAACGAGGUUGAUCCCUACAUGGUGGCAAUGAAAAAGUUGGACGACUAUUUCGCCCCCCAACGUCACGAAGCCCACGAACGUUUCCUGUUUUGGUCGAUGAAACCGGAGCCGGAAGAAACAUUGGAAAAGUUCCUUAUGCGGGUACAGGCUCAUGGAACAAAAUGCAACUUUGGAAGAACGGCGUCGGAGAGCUCUGGUAUUGCGAUUGUUGACAAGAUGCUCCAAUUCGUACCAAAUCAAUUGCGUGCGAAAUUGCUUCAGGAGAAAGAUCUCACCCUGGAGGAGCUUGUUAAGCAAGUAAAUGCGUAUGAAACGUCACGAGUAGCCAGUGAUCAGAUGAGCGGAAGAGGUGUUCAGAUGCAACCAAGUAGGCCAAUGAUGGACAACGUGCAGUUUGUAGCGGCAUCCUGCAAAUUCUGUGCCCGAUCGCACGGGCAUCAGCCUUGCCCAGCUCGUGAUAAGACAUGUGCGAAAUGCGGCAAGCGGGGUCACUUUGCCGUGGCUUGCUAUUCUUCCCCAGUGUACGCAUCAUCAAGCAGACAAAUGCACAGCAAUAAACCAAGCAGAAACCCUUCUCUAAAACGACCAUAUGAAGCAACAGUUCCCGCUGGUUCUGGUCCAGUGGCGAAGAAGAAAGCCAUGCAAUUCGCUCGGAAGAUACACGCCAUCGAGGGCGAGAACGAAGAGGAGAGUUUCGAACUGGUUGAGAUGGUGACUUCCGGUAACGAUUCAGAUGAACUGAUUUGGGCAAAAGUCGGCGGUGUGCUGAUAGAAAUGCAGAUUGACUCGGGCGUCCAGUCUAACAUCAUUGACGACCGUACGUGGGAAUCGAUGACGAAGAACGGAGUCGGCAUUAUUGGAGAUGUUCGGGAGUCGGAUCGAAGGUAUGAAUUUAAUUUUUAUUUUGAUUGGUUAGCAGAUUUUCAGCCAGAAAAUGCUGAUUAAUCUCCAGUUUUGUAGGUAUUGGAACUUGUAAAUAAGUAGGUUAAUUUUCUAUAUAGGUUCAAAGCUUAUGCUCAAGCAGAUUGCCUGAAAGUAAUCGCUAUGUUUGAUGCAGAAAUAAUCAUCCCGGACGGGGACAAACAACUAAAAGCAAUCUCACGGUUUUAUGUCGUGGAAAACGGACCACAGCCACUUCUAGGUAAGACAACAGCGAAGCAAUUAGGUGUUUUGCUUGUCGGAUUACCCAGCCAGCGAGAAUCGGUUCAUCACGUAGAAGCUUGCCGGGCAUUCCCUUGCAUCCGUGGAGUGAAAAUUCGUAUCCCCAUAGAUAAGUCGGUAGAACCCGUUGCCCAGCGUCUCCGACGGUUGCCUUUACCGAUGUUGGACAAGGUAGACGAGAAGUUAAAUGAAUUGCUUUCCAAGGACAUCAUCGAAAAGGUGUCUGAACCAAGCCGCUGGGUGUCACCGAUGGUCAUAGUGGUCAAAGACAGUGGAGAUAUCCGGC